AUGGCCACUGGACGUAUAGGAAGAGUCGAUGUGUUCGAUCCGGCAAUCGAAACAUGGACAACCUUCGAAGAAAGGCUGGACAAUUUCUUCACAGCAAACGCAGUGGACGACAACAAAAAAGUUCCCGCGCUACUGAGCCUCGUGGGCCCCAAAACAUACGCAUUGUUAAGAGACUUAACAGCGCCUGAAUUACCCAAGGCUAGGACGUACAAGCAACUUACGAAAGCACUGAAGGACCACUAUUCUCCAAAACCGUUGGUUAUAGUAGAAAGGUUUAGAUUUCACAAGCGGGACCAGCAGGAGGGUGAGAGCGUCCGUGAGUACAUUGCAGCUCUUCGUAAACUGAGUGAAUUCUGUGAAUUUAAAGACGUCCUUAAUGACACACUACGGGACAGAUUUGUUUGUGGAUUGAAAAAUGAACAUAUUCAAAAGAAACUUCUCUCGGAGAAAAACCUCACUUACCAAACUGCGCUCGAGAUAGCCAUUGCGAUGGAGACGGCGACUAAUGACGCCCUGGAGAUUCAAAGGAAACACCUUUCCAUCACGUCCGGUGUCAACAAACUAAGUGUACCCAAGGGUAAGAAAAGAAUUCAACAAAAGCAAACUACGGUAGUCCAGAGGUGCUACAGAUGUAACGGAAACCAUACCUCAGAUGACUGCAAAUUUAUCCAUGAAACAUGUCGACAGUGUGGGAAAAAGGGGCAUAUACAACGAGCAUGCCGUUCCAAACCAGCCACCAUGAAACCACUACAUACAAAGAGUAAACAUGUUCAUGAAGUGGAAGUAUCGGAUGAUUUCGAACCAAUGUUUUCACUAUGCUAUGCUAUGGGAGGACUAAAGGAUGCAAUAUGGAUAAAGCCCCACGUGAAUGGUCAAGAAUUUCCCAUGGAACUGGACACAGGAUCAGCGAUUUCAGUUGAUAGACACCGACAUAAACCUAAGAACAUACUCAGGAGAAAAUAUCACCCCACUAGGUGUAUGUUCAGUCAACGGAUGGAUGAUCAGCAACAGCAGUUAAACUUGUAUGUGGUCGACAAAGGGGGACCACCUUUAUUUGGUCGAGAGUGGCUAAAGAACCUCAGACUAAACUGGGCAGAAAUCAAGACAUUAGAAACUAGAAAACAAGGCGUAAGCGAAGUAAUUGAGAAGUACAAAAACGUGUUCACUGAUGACCUGGGCAGGCUAAGGGACAUAUCAGCCAGAAUAAAAGUAGAGGAGUCGGCGACGCCCAAGUUUUGCAAAGCUCGUGUGGUACCGUAUUCGUUGCGCUCCAAAGUUGAUCAGGAACUGGACCGUCUUAUCAAGACUGGAAUUCUCAGUAAGGUAGAACACAGUGAAUGGGCUACUCCCAUUGUUUCAAUACCAAAAAAGGAUGGAACUGUGAGAAUUUGCGGUGACUUCAAAGUCACAGUGAAUCCCGUCUUGGACAUAGACCAGUAUCCUCUACCCAAGAUCGAAGACAUAUUUGCAAGUCUGGGGGAGGUCGACAGUUUACAAAACUGGACUUGA